CUGUUUCCACCCAAUGACUUUAUUUUUAUCUGUGAAAUUCAGAAUUUGUGAUUAUUGAUUUUGUUGGUUGUAACUUGUACAUCAUACAUGUACAAUGUCCCAUGUAUAAAAUUUAUCCGUGAAGCGUGAAUGCGAUAUGAGAGGUCGGUGGGUCAAAAAAUGUUAAACUGUAGAAUUUAGGUGCUCGUCAUGGUAUUUGCUCAUUGUGUUAUAAUUUCUGAGCUAUGGCUUUAUUUUUAUGCAUCUAUCCUCUUGAGCACAGAGCAAAUCCCAUGUCACAUGCAACAAAAACACUUAAAAACAACAGUUUCUAGUCAUGUUUAGGCUGUAGAUAGUACUUUUUUAUUGUUAUUAUGUUAUAUUUGUUACAAAUAAAGCUAUGCUGAAAUUGACUCAUAGUUUUUGCAGAUAUUCUCAUCUCACAUGUGAAAAUUUACAUUACAAUACAACACAGAUAAAAAAUUUCACACAUUUAACUUGUAGAGGGAAGACAUGUGGUAUAUUGAAUGUUCACUUGUUUUUAAAUCCUUUUGUAUCGCCUGGUGCGCGGGGUAGGCUGUUAGCUAAUAUAAAGAAGCGUUUCCGAGUUAAAAAGCUAGACAUAGAGUCAAGUGUGUCUCAGACGCACAAGCAAAUGAGUGAGCCAUUGCAACCCACAUUACACCACGCUAGCUUCGGGGGACAGUUUGAAGUCAGUGAUGAAGGCGGUACGUUUGAGAAUUGGCAUGAUGCGGGCUCGAGUUCAGGGGACGAUCCCAGCAACCCCCACGCGGGGGUGCUGCCCCCGGACUUCAGAGUGUGGGAGCUUGUUGACUCGUGGCACAGCAGUUCUACUAAAUCGAACACCCUAAAGAUCCGAGUGGUAUCGUACAAUGUGCUCGCUCAGUACCUGCUGCAGAGCCACCCCUAUUUGUACACGGCCUGCAAACCGAACAACUUGAAGUGGCAGGUGCGGGCUGCUAAGCUCUUCGAGGAGAUCAUACAUUUGGCACCUGAUAUACUAUGCCUUCAAGAAGUACAAGCCUCCCACCUGAACUGCUUCUACGGUAGAUUCGAAAGCCUCGGUUAUGAUGGUCUCUUCAAACAGAAGACCGGACACAGGGAAGAUGGCUGCGCUAUAUACAUCAAGAAGUCGCAGUUCGAAAUACAAGAUCAGAACACAGUGGAGUAUUACCAGCCAGAGAUGCCAAUACUGAAUCGGGACAACAUCGGUUUGAUGGUGAAGCUGACGCCACGGGGUUCGAGUGGUACCCCCAUAGUGGUGGCCACCACCCACUUGCUUUACAACCCCAAGAGGACUGACGUGAGACUCGCGCAGAUACAAGUACUACUCGCUGAGAUUGACCGCUUCGCGUACUACGACAAUGGCAAGGAAUCAGGAUACUUGCCCAUCAUUUUGACCGGGGAUUUGAAUUCCACACCCGACAGCGCAGUGAUUAAACUGCUGAACAGAGGUUAUGUUAGCGCGACGCCGUUCCGCGACGGUCGCUCAGACUGGCGCCGCAUCGGCGUCACAGACAACUGCCAGCAUCUCUCCGUGUACCUCAACCGGCAGAUCGGGAACGCUACCACCGACUUCACUAUGACCAGCAUAUACAACUCGGACUACUCUAUGUCGCUACCCGACGGCAGCAUGGCGGACGAGGUGUGGGAGCACGGGGAGCUAUUCAACAGCGAGGACGUCGGGCACCCGCUGCAGCUCACCUCAGUGUACGACACGGUGAAACCGUGCGGGGAAAGGGAAGCCACUACGUACCAGAACGAUUGGGUCACUGUGGACUAUAUUUACUUCAGCAAGCACAGUUCGCUGAAGCUGAUCGAGCGCCUGCGCCUGCCCACGGUCACCGAGUGCGGGUCUCUCGGCCAGCUGCCCAACGAUAUCUACGGGUCGGACCACCUCGCUGUGGCCGCCACCUUCGCACUAACACCUAGCACUUAACUUGACACUAACACUUACACUUACAUCAAUUGGUAAUGUCGUGUCUAGAAUGUGAAGCUCAAAUUUAUGUUUAGAUUGAUAGGUUUCUGAAAACGAUGUGUUCACGGUAGUUGUAUACCUUCGGUUACAGUUAACCGUCAGAAAACCGUCGGUAGAUUGUUUGUCUUAUUCGGCCAUUGCAUGUUUAUGAAUGUAGAAGUUGUGUUUUUGGCGCGUAACAUUUUGGCAACGUUUGUUAUUAAAAUAAAGCAGUUUUGAUGUUCAUAAAAUUUAAUGAUAGGCUCUUUUCGACAUGUGAAAAGCAGGCACACAAACAAAAUGUAAGUGUUGUGACGGUUGCGACAAUUUUUCGGGUUUUCGAUAAUUUUUGGGAUAUAUACUGACAUGAAAUAUGUAAUUUUCUCGUAUAAUAACAUGUUUACAUGUUUUGGUCCGCCUUGUCCAGAUUUUGUAAAAAUUUAAAGUGAAACUAUCGUCGGCUAAUUAAUUAUACUUCAUCACCUAAAAUAGAGGCGUAGUCUUUACAUUGUACAUUAUUCUUCCUUUUUAAUAAAUCACAAAAAAAUAACUCGUGAAAAAACAUUACUAAUAAAUUAUGUAGUCUUGUAUUCUUAUAUUUGCAAAAAAAAAGAAAUAUGGUUUUCUCAAGAUUUUAACAUAAAAAUAACACAGUGUUAUUUGUAAAAUUAAUUUUUGGUACUAAUAUUUUGUAUACCUUUUUAGGUUUUCUUAAAUAUUUGGAUAAACUAUCCAGUAGUGUUUAACUAAUAAAAAAAAGAUCUUUCUACUUUUAGAAGGCCAAUUAAAUAAUUACAAUAUAAACUUAUGUCUUUGUGAUAAAUACAAAAAGUAUUUUCAUAUUUUGGACAAUUUCAACUAUAGUUGCUCAAUCGUAAGCGAGGAUAUUUUCAAGGUAAUUUGAUAAAUUACAAUUUUCUUCGAAUUGCCAUUAAACAUUUAUUUUAUCUAAAGAUAAGGAACGCUGAUAAUCCAAGCAAUAUGUCGUUAGGAUUUGACCAAAAAUGUUAUCAGGUUAAUUAUAAUAGGUUCAGUAGAUAAGUAGUAGGAAGAUCUAAAGAAGUCAGAAUUUCCUAUAAGAGGAUUCUGAUUUAAUUAAGAGAGACAUUUUGUAUACAUAUUAGUGUAUGCAAAAAAAAUACAUCCCUUGCGCAGUCGGUCUCUGUUGAGAUUCACUGACGAUAAUGACAUAAUGUCAUGCACCAAAUAUGCUGAUUUCCUGUCAUGAAGUUUAAAGGUAUUUUUAAAUUAUUUCCAAACUGAUUCUAAAACUUCAUUCUGAGAAGUCUCCUAUUCAAUAUCUUGAUCAAAGGAGACUUGAGGAGAGACUGGAUGAUUGAGUUAUAUAGGAUCCUGCACUCAAAAACUGAAUUGUUUCGUUCUCGACACUGUUUCUGUUGUGUUGUUCAAUUGUUUUGUUUGGAUGUUUCGUCUUCCCUAAUGCAUUGUAUUCCGUUAUAAAUGUUAUUUUUUAUUUUUAAUCUAUUUAAUGUUUAAUCUUCGUUUUGCACCCGGCCGUUGAAGCCGGACUGUUUUUGUUUUUGUUUAAUAUUUAUGUUCACGUUUGAUCGAGUGUAGUUCACGAUAAUGUAUGUUGUCUAUUUUAACCGAUUACCAAACUGAUUAUGCCAUAAGAGAACUAGUUUGGGACGAUUUACCAUUUGAUAUGGUAUGUAUGCACAGCCCAUAUAGGGAGGGGUGAAAAGGAAACAUGAUUGCGUUCAUCGCGCCGUCUAUUAGUAUGUAAUAUUAUGUGUAUUCUAUUUUGUCAGUCCUUCGCACUGAUAAACAUUCGACAUUGUUAACGUAGCGUUAUAAGUAUUUUACUCUUUAACUGUGUUUAGAUUGUAUGGUGUCAGCUCUCGUAGUAGUGUGCGGGAGUUGCAUUAUGAGGUUCCAAUGUAUGACGAUACAGUUACUUGACAUUGUCGGGUAAGUUUUUAAUGUUUCGUCAGUGCGAACCCAUAUUUAGAGGAUAUUACUUUCGUUACCUUAAGAAAACGUGUAAGAAUGGUUGUGAUGACCCUAAUAAUAGCUAUUUGGAGCCAGGCCAGAUCUAAUCAGCUUCAAAUUUGGUCGGAAAUAUUCUUCAGGAGAGCUUUUUUCAUAGGACUGAGAUAUUUUGACAAACGGGAUUCUGAGAUAUGGGUCGGUAGAUCUGGUUUGGCUCUUAUCCGUUGUAAAUUAAUCCAUGCUUUAUGCCAUACAUGAGCCAGGGUCUUUUGGCUUUCUAGUUUGACUAUAUAACAUUUAUAUUUCGAUUAUUGCUCGCUAAGAAGCCAGGCUAGCCAGGAAAUUGAAGCCAAAUUUGAAUUGGAAUUUGACUCAAGGGGGAUUUAAAAAAAUCACAAUCAUUUUAAGUGGUUUAAAAGGUAUUGAGGUAUAGUAAUACGAUUAUUGCUUCUUAUUCUUCUUAUGACGAUAUAUCUACGUUUUGACGAUAGUGGUAUGAUUAAUU